UACCUCGGGAUUAUCUGGGGUCUUUGCCAAGGCGGUAGAGCAGAGUUUGAACCGCUGAGGCGCAAAGUGACAUAACAGUUUGGCGUUUUCACCGCUGUGGACAGUCGCUAGAAAGUUGCCAGGCUUUAAAAUCUGCCCACAGACUGAUUUGUUUUUUUUUUGUUUUUUUUUCCUUUUUCUUUCUGGAGAUUGAACCUUUCAGUAAAGAUCCACAGGACCAGAUUCAGGAGCUCGGAACAUGCAGCGUGCAGGAACAAACUCGGGGUGAUCCCAGCCUGGACUCCCUGCCUUUGUUUUCCUCGGGGUCGGGGAGGAGAUGAGUGCUCGGGAUGGGACUGUGCCUCGGUACCGAAGUUACAGAGGAGGAGAAGAAGGCGAGGAUACACAGUGCCAAGAUAGACAGGGACCUGUAUGAGUACGCCAAACGGGAGAUGAAUGUGGUUAAAAUACUCUUACUAGGUGCAGCAGAGAGUGGUAAAAGCACUUUGGUCAAACAGAUGAAGAUCAUCCACAGCAAUGGGUUCACCAAACAAGAGCUGACCAGCUUCAAGCCUGCAGUACUGGAUAACCUCCUGACCUCCAUGAAGUUUGUCCUCCAUGGCAUGGGCAUCCUCCGGAUCAAUCUGGCUAACAGCAGGAACAAGGUCCACGCCCAUUCUGUCCUGUCGUGUGGGCGGUGUUUUGACGAAGACCAGGUGCUGUUUCCUUUCCUGAGCCACGCCCUGUCCUGUCUUUGGACAGAUCAGGGGGUGAGGGCCGCAGCAGCCCGGGGAUACGAGUACGAGCUUAAUGACUCGGCGCUGUAUUUCUUUGAGAACAUGCCCCGCAUCAUGUCUCCAGACUACGUGCCCACAGAGACCGACGUCCUGCGGGUCCGACUGAGGACGACAGGUGUGAUAGAGACCCAGUUUAAAGUCAACCACCUCAUUUUCAGGAUGUACGAUGUUGGGGGCCAGAGGACUGAGCGGAGGAAGUGGAUCAGUUGUUUCGAGGAUGUCAGGGCGGUGCUGUUCGUGGUGUCGCUCAGCGGUUACGACAUGACCCUGGUGGAAGACCCCUCCAUGAAUCGUCUACAAGAGAGCAUGAAGCUGUUCUCCUCCAUCUGCAACAAUGUGUUCUUCCGCAGCACGUCCAUGAUUUUAUUCAUGAACAAGAUAGACCUUUUUCAAGACAAGAUCUUACACUCUGGACGACAUCUGCGUUUAUACCUGCCACUGUUUAAAGGUGCAGACUGUGACGUGGAUUCAGCCGCCCGCUUCAUCGCCGGCACCUUUGUUUCGCUCAACGCCAUGCCCAGCAAACUUAUCUACCACCACUUCACCACGGCGACCGACACCUCCAACAUCCAGGUCGUCUUUCAGGUGGUAAUGGACACCAUAAUCAAAGAGAACCUGGAGGCGGUGUCACUUCUGUAACUGCCAGUCCAGGUAUGAGCCACCAUAGACUGAGACGUCACUGGACAGACAGCCCUGUCGGCCUUUGGAUAUGUCAUUGUAAAACACUUGCAUAGCAAAAACAGAACAUGAAGAUCAUCUCGUCCAAGCGUAUUGUCUGUGAGGAGCAGCCUGAGCGAUCUGAUGCUCUUUGUUGCAUUUCAUCCUCUGUGUUUCCAUGUAGCUUUGAAAAAUGUACCCAAACACGUUUAAGGAGAAGGACCCAGAAGGCCCAUCCUUAAUUUUGGGGUUGAGGCCUGAAAUGUUGACUUGUGAAACCUUGUGUUGAGAGUAAUGGGCAUUUAUAUUUUUGUACUGUACUAUGAAAUUAGACUCUGAACAGUUGCGUUACAUUUUCUGAAGACUUGAUAUAUAUGUGCCAUUUAUUUUCCAAUUUCCGUGUGUGUGUGUGUGUGUGUGUGUGUGUGUGUGUGUGUGUAGGCAGGACACAGAGGGGGUGAGGAUUUACUGUUUGUCCGUUACUUCCUCAGCACAGGGCUCACUCAUGCAUACCGCUGUGCGUUUUCCACUCAUUCAUCACCGUGUCUCCGCUGUGCACAUCCUGUGCGUCACACCCUCCUAAUGAGGCCAUGAUCACUGUGAAAGCACCCUAGUUUGUGUUUACUCUUCUUUAGCAGGAAUCAUCCACACACCUUCAUUUUAAUCAGUGCCUUCACUUUCUCCCCUGAGUCUAACGAGUCAUCAACUCGUUAGAGUGUAAUAUUGGAAAUGGAAACAGCGUAUGUAAAGAAACAUCCCUGAAGACUCUGUGUGUAAUUUCCUUACUUUCACCUCUGAUGAUUAUUGUUGCAAUAUCUGACACACACACAUGCGCACACGCUAAACCCUGAUUUGUCAAGCAGGAUGAUGCCUCCUAUAUGUGAUUUGUGUGGCAUUAACUCUACUGGCGUCUGACUCUUUGGAAGGCUCCCCUGAGCGACUGACUGUGCUAUCACACCAGCUCCUCUCUGAAUCCAGUAAUAAACCAGACAUGGUAAUGACUGAUACGCUCUGAUAUGGAUACUGAAGGUGAACGAAAGGUGGAAAACACCUCCAAGUGCCUUAUGAUGAAGUGCUCUUUCUGUUGUGUAAUUAAAAUGCUUUAUACAUGUAUGAAUUUUCUAUAUGUGUAUUUUUCCUUCUGCUUUUUCCACUUUCAGAAUAACUCUUUGUGUUUCAUGCUGAAUCUCUGCUCUUUGAGUCCAAUGGACCAUAUUCUCACCCUCAUUUUAUAAUUUGUUCUGUGGUUUCUUUGAAGACAAGCGUGUAAAAGUCUAAACGUAACAGGCAGCACUGGACCACUUUUCCUUUUUCAUCUCACACUGGUUGAA